UCGGAAAACAGACACGAAGAUCGACCUGCACCUGUCCGGACGCCCCGGGGAGACACGAACAACUUCUGAAGGUCUAGACGGACAGCUGAGCCUGAUUAAAAUGAAACUGGAUGUGCUUCUACCUGCGCUGCUGUGUGCCAUCUGUCUCCUCGUCCUGCCGUCGUCCUCUACCCCCCACCACGAGUCAGAUGAUUCCAAGCUUCUCCAGGUGACCAUCCCCACCGGCCGGCCUGUGUUUGCUGUGCUGGGCGGCUCUCUGACAUUACCCUGCCUGGUGUCUCUGGCUCACCCACCGCCAUCCCCCUCCACCAAUGGCCGCCACGCCGUGCUAUCUCUCCCCCGGGUCAAAUGGACCGUUCUGACUCAAGGCCUAGAGAUGGAGAUCCUGGUGGCCCAAGGCGACAGGGUGAGAGUCAGCGAGGCCUACAAAGACCGAGCCACGCUGCUCAAUUACGCCUACUCCCCCGCCGACCUCACCCUGCGGUUGGAAAGCCUGAGGCACAGCGACACCGGCUUCUACCGCUGCGAGGUGCAGCAGGGUCUGGAGGAUGCUGACGAUGUCGUUCAGGUCAAGGUCAAAGGGGUGGUGUUCCAUUACCGUGAUGCAUCCAGUCGGUACGCCUUUACAUUUGAGCGGGCCAGAGAGGCCUGCAGCGAGAUCGGUGCUGAAAUUGCCACUCCAGAGCAGCUCCUGGCCGCCUACCACAGCGGAUACGAACAGUGUGAUGCGGGCUGGCUCUCAGACCACUCUGUGAGUAUUUCCCUCCACAGAUAUCCCAUUCAGAUGCCAAGAGAGGGCUGUUUUGGGGACAUGGAUGGGUUGCCAGGAGUGAGGAACUAUGGACUGUUAGAGCCUGAUGAGCUGUAUGACGUCUACUGCUACGUGGAGAAUAUUCAGGGUGAAGUGUUCCAUGGCUCCGCCCCCCAGCGUUUCACCUUCUCGGAGGCUAAGACCUACUGUCUGAGUCAUGGGGCCGAGCUGGCCAGCACAGCUCAGCUAUACGCGGCCUGGAAUGAUGGACUGAACCACUGCAGUCCGGGGUGGCUGGCAGAUGGGAGCGUGCGCUACCCCAUUGUUACCCCGAGAGAGCGCUGCGGAGGAGGUGAACCUGGGGUCAGAACUGUCUACCGCUACAGCAACCAGACGGGCUUCCCCGAGGUUCAUACUCGACACGAUGUCUACUGCUUUAGAAGCGAUAACGGCCCUUACACUGAGUCUCCUCAGGAUUUUCUUGCUACUGAACCAGAGGACAUUGGCCAGGACAUUGUGUUCUUAACUAAUCCUGCACAGGAGGAGUUCAGCCUGAGCGAGGUGACAGCAAAGGGGGGAGAAGAGGUCCAACGUGCCCAGACGGCCAAUCCUGUAAAGCAGGGUCCUGAGGAGGCUCAUCCCCCAAGAACGGGUUAUGACAAGGAACCAUUGCUGACGGUAGACCUUCAUCAGUCUGUCACUCCUCCAUCUGAGCAUCAAGCGCACUUGUUCACAGAGGAUACAUUGGAGCUCAUCGAGAAGGCCAGAUACCCAGACUCCUAUCAGCCAGCACCUGAAGAAAGCCCAGACACAGAUGAUGAAGAGUCUCACGUACUUCCAACAGCUUCUCUAAAGGCAAAUGGCGUAGUAACUGUCGGUGAAGAGUCUACUUUACCCACAACUGGUGCAACAACUUCAGAGAGUGUAGAGCCCUCAGAGCACCACAUUUCUGAGAAUGAAAGCCUGGAUGCACCAGCUGUUAAUGAAACAUCUGGAACUGAUGCAAAUGGGCUCUUUAACAGCUCUCUAGAGGUUCCUCAGGAGGGUGAUCUUCCUGUCGUACAAGAGGACCACACUCCAGACGUCCACUUGGAUCACUGCUCGGAAACUGAGCUCGUCUGCUCGAGCACCUCCGAUGAUGUUUCAGGACAGCCAGAAGAGGCCAGCGCUGGUACUUUUGAGGAGAUAUCAACGGUGAUUACUUCACCCCUCACUGAGGAAACAGAUGUUCACUCCACCACGUUGUUGCCAUCUUUUGAAAACACUUUGCCUGAGAACUAUCCAACAGAAGAGGGGUCUGGAGAGGAGAGUGCAAAUCCUCUUCUAGAUGAGGAAACACAAAACUCAGUGACUCAAAGUUUGGUUGGUAUGGACACCCCUUCCACCUCUGAACUGGUCCCUACGCCCGAUUCAGGUUAUGAUCCUACUCAAGAGCCCCUAGGUGUAACUGUAGAGUCGUCCAUCCCAGUCCGUCAUGAGGAUGAGGAAUCCAAUAGCACUUCAGAGGAGGCAGCCCCAGAUGAUCUGUUCCACCAAAAUGGACUCGUUCAUCCUGCAGAAAUCCCAACAGCAGAGGUCAUCACGGCCACAGAUGACUCAGGCUCCAGUGUAGACACCCCUGGAAUGUACAGUGAUCCGGUCACUUUGUUGGCCUCCCCUGUAUCUGUAACCCUGUCUCCCCCUUCUGUGGAGGUUGAAGCUAGAUCCCCAGAGAUUAUAACCUUCAUACCUGAAAGCAAUGCUUCAUCUGGGGCCGAACCUUUAGAGGACAUCCAGAACAAACUUGAACAGGAAGGAUUAGGAGAAAGCCCCGUUGUGUUCCUCAGCACAUCCCACAAUAUCACAGACAGUGAUCCAGAAGGGAGGGAACAAGAUUCUAGAGAGGCAUCAGGUGAAUCGUCUGGAGAAAGCCCAAAGGUGAAAACAGGACUCCUGUUGACAAAUCCAACUCUCUCAACGGACCACACAUCUGAGGUAACUGACAGUGAGGCUGACUCUGACACACCUCCUCCAUCAGAUAUAAAAAUCACACUGAUCCCUCAUCUGACCCUCACACCGGGCUGGGAACCAGAGCCUUCUCUCCCCACACCGCCGGAGUCUCACUCUGACCGGGAAUACAGCGCGGAGCCUCCAGUCGCUGAGGAAUCUGAUGAUGUCUCAAAGGAGCAAGAGGUCAUGACUGAGAUCACCACCAGCAGCAACAAUGAACAUGCAUCACACGGAGGUGACGUGGAGACCAGCACAGAUGAGCCUUCGAUUAAAAUAUGCACAUGGCGUCCGGAUGAGGAGGAAACCGUAAGUCCAACUCACACCACCGACAGCAGUGACGUGACAGUCACCGCUCCACCGAUGUACCCAAAGCAUUUUCAACAAGAAGGCGAGGAGUUGACUGCCAUGGCGGCCUCCCUGCCUGCUGCCAAAGUUUCUGCCGCAGGACAAGAAGGCAUUUCAGACUCCUGCCUGGAGAACCCUUGUUUGAAUGGGGGCACUUGUGUCGACGGUGAAUCAACAAGCUGCAUUUGCUUGGCCGGUUAUGGAGGAGACUUGUGCCAGACAGACCUGAAGGCGUGUGAGCCUGGCUGGGAGAAGUUUCAGGGCUUUUGUUAUCAUCACUUUACCAAGAGGCAGAGCUGGGAGGCGGCAGAGCAGCACUGUCGCAUGUGUGGUGGACAUCUCAUUUCAGUCAUGACCCCUGAGGAGCAGGACUACAUUAAUGAAAAAUACAGAGAAUAUCAGUGGAUUGGACUAAAUGACAGAACUAUUGAGGGAGACUUCCGCUGGUCGGACGGGAACCCUCUGCUCUAUGAGAACUGGUACAGAGGCCAGCCUGACAGCUACUUCCUGUCCGGUGAGGACUGUGCAGUGAUGGUGUGGCACGACGGCGGCCAAUGGAGCGAUGUGCCCUGCAACUACCACCUGUCCUACACCUGCAAGAAGGGCGUCUCAUCCUGUGGCGAGCCCCCCAAGGUUCCCAAUGCCAAGGUGUUUGGGAAGAAGCGGUUGCGUCACGAGACCAACACCAAGCUGCGGUACUACUGCGAGGACGGUUUUGUGCAGAAACUGAAUCCUGUAAUAAAGUGCCUGCCCGGCGGCCAAUGGGAGGAGCCUCUGAUUACUUGCUUGCCAACCCAUUCGAUGGAAGAAGACUCGAUUACCUCACUUCCUUACCAGCAUGAGGCGGCCGUGGAGGUCAUGGAGGUCAUGGAGGUCAUGGAGGUCACGGAGGUCACGGAGGUCACGGGCACAGCCACAGAGACAGCAGCUCCACUGUUCUGGGACAUUAAGUGGAAUGUUUAAAGCCAUCCUGCAUCCUGCUUUUUUAAAAAACAAUAUUCCACCUCCUCUUUCCCUCUUUUCAAGUAUCUCAAAAGACUUUCCAGUCUAGUUUCUGCAUUAAGUUAAACUUUGUAAAUCUAGUCUUUAUAUUAAAGUUGUCUCAAGGCCACAGCUCUUACAGUCAUGUAAUCCAAAUACUUGUUUUUCAGUACAAGAGGACAAAUGUUAUGAAAGUUUGAGGUGAAUUUGUGCCAGCUGAAAUGCUUCUUCAUCUAGAUAUCUUUGGUAAAGAUAACUUUCUUAUGAAACAGUCAUAUCAAGAGAUUUCCCACACUGUUCAAAACACUAAACAGAUUUUUAUCAGCACAUCCAUCUUCCUCUUUGGAUUGAAAGGUUUGUUCAUACAAUGUUCGUGUUUUUAGCUCCGGAUAGUUUGCAAGAUCCUCUCUUAUCAUUUGACUGUCUUAUACAGGACGACAUCUUGUAAUGGAAAGUCAUCACACAUCUAACUAACAAAAUGUAUAUGAACCCGAAGUUCUCAUAUUUCUUCGCAAACUCAUUUAUCAACAUAAAAGCUACAACUGACACAAAUCUGAUCCAGUUUAAAAUGCGAGUUAAUCACAUAAAUGUACGUUUUAUCAGCCUGUAUUACACUAAAUAAACCAAAUUAAAAAUAGGCUAUCAUAUAAACCAAGUAUCAAGUAGGGGAUAGGAAGUCCCAAAUAGCAUAUGGGCGAGUGGGGGGUUAAGGGAUUCUGUCCUUUACAGCAAACUUACUUUACUUACUCACAGAAGUAACAGUAACCUGUAGUGUGCUUUACUAUCAUAAUCAACAGCCAUUUUGUAACUAAUCAUAACUGUUCUUAAAGUGAUGAUUGUGGAAAUGAAAAUCAUUGACAACGUUGAAUUCUUUAAUUUGACUGCUGGAGCCACACAUGUUGUAUUAUAACACGUUCGGAACAGACUGCAGUUCAUGAUAGUUUGCAGUUUAGCAAAGUGUGAUUUAAUCCUCAGCAUCAGCUGGUCUGACAUUGACUAAAGCCUGUUCUACUUAAAAUGUGGAAGAUUCCUUGUUUUUGCUUUUGUCAAGAUUUGUGUCAAUGUUGAGAGUUACACUUCCCACAGACUGCAAUCUUGAAAAAGAUGUGUUCAUUUGAUGUGUGACAACACAUGUUGUAUGAAAAAGAAAAACUCCACACAGAUUUUGUCUUGAGGAAAUGCACUGGUGCACUGUUGUCAUAUAGUGCAAUGGUCCAUCACGGCUGCACAGCUGGGAAGAACUUAAUAACCACUAACAAGAUCUGGGUGCAGUACACUUUAAAGCGCCGCUGGAAAUAUUGCUCAUUGACAUUAAUGGCAGCGACAGCCAGCUGUUUCAACUUUCUUGACUUAAACACAGAAAUCAUGUUUUUCAAUUAAUUGCACAACUUUGACAUAAAUGAGCGACCGCUACAAGUCAGUUGAGCUAACUAGCUGUACACUCUGCCUGGAUGAUAAAACAAGUGGAAAUACUAACCAGAAAGUCUGAGUUAAAGAGAGGUUAACCACCAAGCAACUGCAUGGCGAUAUACUGUAUGUCUUUGUACUUUCUCGUGGAAGGGUUGUAGAAGUCUGGAAAGGUCAUUGUUGCCCCGAUGAGCUUCUCUUCCACGUUCACAGUAACUUUGUAAACAGCAGAUCACCAAUGCUACACAGUAAAAAGAUUUUUCAUCCUGUGGGUGAUUUUGGUCUGAAUGUCCACGAAGUCUUUCCAGAUGAAGCAGCCGAGUUGCGGCAAAAUUUGAGUCAGAUUCAACUGUUUUGCCAGAUGACCCUGUGUAUUUUUUUUGGAGCCCUCUACAUAAGACCCCCCCGUGUUGAUGGAGGGGCUCCCUUCAAAUGAAUGAAGGGACUGUGUUUUUUCACACAGGGUUAGAGUCAGUCUGCAAGAAGGAAAUCAAAGCCAGUUUAGAUGCUUGCUAGUGCCAGCUCAGCUACCCCUGUCAGUCAUGUGACCCUUGUCUUGCACAUCAUAGAAAUCCCUUGAGAGUCUCAUAGGGAAGCUGUUGUGUUGGCUCGUCUAUUGCUUUUUAACAGGCAGCUGAAAUGUGUGCUGUGUGCAUUUACACUUCUCAUUUAUUGGAUGAUAUCCAUUUAUAGAUCACAUUUUAAUACCAGGUUAAAUUGGGGUCUGAAUAGCUGGCACUGUAGGUGUUGAGCUCACUCACUCCAAUCUUAGAAACACCUAAUAAGUCACCUGUAUGUGGAGGAGAUUCCUGCCAGUGAUCACACCUGAAGUUAAUAUGAGCAAUUACUGUAGACUGAACUGAGGCCAUCCCAUGAAUGUGAAUGGGCUCCCUUUCUCCUGGCUUGCAGUCCCGCUCUGUUUUAUGUUGAUGAUAGAUUAUUCUCAAAUACAUUUCAAAUACUUUACAUUUUAAGUGCAGCUUUAAUGUGAGCAGAUAAUGUGAUAAAUCAAUGUCUCAAAACACAGAUUUGCUGACAAUUCAACCACUGUUUUAUUCAUGGGGACAAAAUAGACUGCUUCCUCACUUUUGAUUCUUUUCUUUUAUUUUUUAUCUGGAUAAAGAGAAAGUUUCAACAGGGAAACGGAAAUGAAUCAGACACCAACAACACAAAGCUGAACUUCCUGACUAUCUGUGUGCACACAUGACAUCUUUUUUAAGAGAGCAGUUCACCAACUCUGCCCGUCCUCUGGUGCUUUUUAUUCAGGUGUCUCUAGGACUUUGUUGUAUGGUUUGCUAAUAUGAACUGUACUGCAUCUGUAUACGACCAGAAGUAUAUUAGCAUACAUUAUUCUAAUCAGAUUAAUUUUAAAUGUAUCUAGAUUAUUCUACACUGGUACUCUUCAGAGAUCGAUGAGGAAACAAAUAUUUUGAUGAUGUAACAAAAUCUUGUCUACUGUAUUGUUUCUAGUUUUCAAAGAACUACUGUAAUACACACUGUGACAGUAACAAUGCAGGCGAUGUUAAUUGUUGAACUAAUGAACACAUAGUAAAUGUUUGAAGUAUCAAUAAUAUUCUAAAA